AUGAUCUCUGAACCUGAAACAAUUGCACCUGAAUUCGAAGGAACCUCAGUUAAAAGACGAAAAAUUCAUCACAAAACUCGUGAUUAUAAUUUACGAAGACAGACCUCAAUCAAUUACAAACAUACUACCUUAGAUAUUGCUAAUGAUUCACUUGGUUAUGAGGGAGAAUAA